GCUCUCCAAACCUUGCCGGCGUCGGAGUCGCAGAGCCGUGAGCAAGCGGGGACAGGGGAGGGGGAGAAAAACACCCCGAAAAGACGAGCCCCCUUUUUUUAGUGGCCCAAUAUGGCGGUGGAAGGGAGGCUGACGAAGAAGAAAAUGAUUGACACGGCGAGUCUAUUUAAACAGAGGAGGAGAUCCAUUGGUUGCGGCGCCGGGAGCCGCCCCGCCGAGGCUGGCGAGCGCGGCCUUAAGGUGGCCCCGGCGCGGUUCCGCCGCCUCCCUGCGUUCCCGAGCGCGCCGCCGGGAGAUUGGCUGGUCGCGUGACUGCUGGAGGGGUACUGCUGCCAACAAACCUGCUCUGGCUGGCCUCGGAGAAAUUAAAAUUAAGACAAACAAACUAGCCAAACGGCCGGGAACCUGGGGCGGGGCCUGGGGUUCGGGGCCCGGCGCUGAGCUGGCGGGUUCGCAGCGGCGCCUAAGCCCCGACCUGCCUCCCACUCCUCGCCCGGGAAGCCGGGGCCUGGACAAGAGGACCGCGAAGGUCGCCGGCAGCUCGCUGGGAGCCGGGGUGGCGAUCUGCCCCCAGCUCGGCCCUCCCCAGUGGCCCCCACUUCGUGGUCUGCGGGGGAGGCCGCGGAGCGUUUGCUGGGGGGCUGGGCGCCUCCCCGCCGGCGUGCCUUUGCUGGGGGCUGGUGGAGGCGGUGGGCAAUGGUUCGCUCAGCCUUAACCCAGAAGUUUCUGCCAUCCCUGGGGAGGCUGGGGGCCUAGGGAAGAAGCCAAGGCGAACGUCUUUUAGAAAUUCGCCAGGAGUAGACGCAGCACUUGUCAUGAACUCAAGCUUUCCCUCGAUGAAAAUAAGAAAGGAACUCAAGAUAAAAAAAAAAAACUCAAGUAGUCUCUGAAGUCCCUUAAUAAACUUUGUAGCGGUCUCAGACACGUUUAGUUUUGAAAAACGAGGGUACACCCCUGGCCCAGGAUCUUGCUUCCCAAGCACAGUUAAGGCCAUGGACAUUGGCUGCGUGUGGGAACUCGUCUCUUUCUACUUUUCUGUUCUUUCCCGGGAUUGUAGCAGUUUCCUCUACCUGAGUCCAGCCGCCAAAUACAACAGCUCCUUCCUUCCUCCACCCUUCUCUCUCACCAGAUUUCACUGCUCCAACAAACUCAGAACAAUAUUCAGAUGCUAGUGAAUGCUUUCAGAGGGCUGAAGGGUGAAAAUACUCCCCUCGGGGUCAAACUCCAGAUGAUGAAAUGAUUUUUAAAACCACAGCCAUGUCCUAACGUCCGAUACUAGUAUUCCAGCGUUUCUCUUCUCCCUUUUGCAGCUGGAAAUUUCUCUCUCAAUGUGGGCUUGAGCACAAUGGUGGAAGGUAAAGUAGGACGAUGAGCAGGGCUGCCCUGAGACAAAGCUCAGUGGAUCUUCAGCUGCCUCCCCACCCCCAUGCCCAGUACCCAUCAUCUUGGUUUGAGCCAAAGUUAAUGCAUUUUACUGGAAACCCACCUUCCGUUCUAAUUUUACACAGCAGCAAAGUUUUCUUAAGCACCUAUGCUACAGAUGAGCUUGAUGUGUAGCUUGUUUUCUUAGCCACAUCUCGUUUGUCCACUUUGUGUGCCUACCUCAUCUCAUACACUCCAGAAUGUGACAGCUGGAAGGGACCCUCGGGACCCUGUGGUUUAACCCUCUCCUUUUUACCACGGAGGAAAUUGAGACUCAGAGAGGUUUCCUGUCCAGGGACAUGCAUUCGGUUGGUACCGGAGUCAGGACUAGAUGCAGGUCUCCUAACGCUCAGGAUAUAUGGGACACAUGCACAGGCAUUGGAUUUGGCCCUGCAACAUCUUAAAGGCACCACCCAACACCUGAAGUGUCUGCCUCCUUCCGAUGGAGCCUCCUGGCCCCUCCCACCUCUCACCAGCUUUACUCUUUAGCCGGAAUGAAAUGUGGAUUUCAUGGAAUGAAAUGGUGGCAUUUAGCUACCACAUUACUCAGAUCCUAGAGGUAUAAAGAUGAAUUGGAUGACAUCCGCCCUACAAGAAUCUAUGAAGUCAAUGCAAUAUGAUAUAUGCAAUCAUAUAAGUAGCAUAUGUGAAAAUUAAAGUACUAUGGUGAAAAGGAAAAUAGAUGGAGUCUAGCUCUGUCUCCCAGGCUAGAGUGCAGUGGCACCAUCAGAGCUCACUGAAGCCUCAACCUCCUGGGUGCAAGCAAUCCUCCCACCUGAGCCUUCUGUGUUGCUGGGACCACAGGCACAUGCUACCAUGCCCGGAAGCAGGCUGUGAGCCAAGGGGAAGGCAAAGGACAGAAAUGAAUGUGUUUCCAGGCUUUCUUCGUGGUUUAUGGUAUUCUCCAAACUCCUAUGCAAGGGCUAUUCCUGACAAAGAAGAUCUAAAGAGAACGUCUCUGAAAUCAAGUCCGGAUGAAGAAUUAAGAGAAAAAAAGUGAAUAUGGUUUUUGCUCACAGAAUGGAUAACAGCAAGCCACAUUUGAUUAUUCCUACACUUCUGGUGCCCCUCCAAAACCGCAGCUGCACUGAAACAGCCACACCUCUGCCAAGCCAAUACCUGAUGGAAUUAAGUGAGGAGCACAGUUGGAUGAGCAACCAAACAGACCUUCACUAUGUGCUGAAACCCGGGGAAGUGGCCACAGCCAGCAUCUUCUUUGGGAUUCUGUGGUUGUUUUCUAUCUUCGGCAAUUCCCUGGUUUGUUUGGUCAUCCAUAGGAGUAGGAGGACUCAGUCUACCACCAACUACUUUGUGGUCUCCAUGGCAUGUGCUGACCUUCUCAUCAGCGUUGCCAGCACGCCUUUCGUCCUGCUCCAGUUCACCACUGGAAGGUGGACGCUUGGUAGUGCAAUGUGCAAGGUUGUGCGAUAUUUUCAAUAUCUCACUCCAGGUGUCCAGAUCUACGUUCUCCUCUCCAUCUGCAUAGACCGGUUCUACACCAUCGUCUAUCCUCUGAGCUUCAAGGUGUCCAGAGAAAAAGCCAAGAAAAUGAUUGCAGCAUCGUGGAUCUUUGAUGCAGCCUUUGUGACCCCUGUGCUCUUUUUCUAUGGCUCUAACUGGGACGGUCAUUGUAACUAUUUCCUCCCUUCCUCUUGGGAAGGCACUGCCUAUACUGUCAUCCACUUCUUGGUGGGCUUUGUGAUUCCAUCUGUCCUCAUAAUUUUAUUUUACCAAAAGGUCAUAAAAUAUAUUUGGAGAAUAGGCACAGAUGGCCGAACAGUGAGGAGGACAAUGAACAUUGUCCCUCGGACAAAAGUGAAAACUAUCAAGAUGUUCCUCAUUUUAAAUCUGUUGUUUUUGCUCUCCUGGCUGCCUUUUCAUGUAGCUCAGCUAUGGCACCCCCAUGAACAAGACUAUAAGAAAAGUUCCCUUGUUUUCACAGCUAUCACAUGGAUAUCCUUUAGUUCUUCAGCCUCUAAACCUACUCUGUAUUCAAUUUAUAAUGCCAAUUUUCGGAGAGGAAUGAAAGAGACUUUUUGCAUGUCCUCUAUGAAAUGUUACCGAAGCAAUGCCUAUACUAUCACAACCAGUUCAAGGAUGGCCAAAAAAAACUACGUUGGCAUUUCAGAAAUCCCUUCCAUGGCCAAAACUAUUACCAAAGACUCGAUCUAUGACUCAUUUGACAGAGAAGCCAAGGAAAAAAAGCUUGCUUGGCCCAUUAACUCAAAUCCACCAAAUACUUUUGUCUAAGUUCUCAUUCUUUCAAUUGUUAUGUACCAGAGAUUAAAAAGCUUUAACUAUAAAAACAGAAGCUA